AUGUCCACGAUAAUUCGGGACAUUAUUAUUUCCCAGCUGCAGCAACUCCAGGGUGUAGCAGCAGUUGUCAUACAGCUGGUAGCUUUCACACUCACUCUUUACAGCAGCAAUGCCUAUUGGGCACAGCCUUACCACACGUCUCAAAUGACUGGGCGAGACUGGGUACAUGAGCUAAUGGCUGGCCACCCUGAACGCAUCUAUAAUGAGCUUGGGGUACAUCUUCAUGUCUUUGCUGGCCUGUUGAUUGAGUUUGCGGGGCAUGGGUUAUUCAGACUCCAGGAAUGGGCUAUGGGAAAUCAACGACCACAAAACCGGGAGGAGUUGUUCAAUCUUCGACAUGCUCAAGCCCGUAAUAUCAUUGAACGGAUUUUUGGCGUGAUUAAGAAACGCUGGCGAAUUCUUACUAUUCCACCAGCAUACCGGAUGAGCCUACAGGCCCGUAUACCUCCUGCUCUGGCUGCGCUUCACAACUUCAUUAUCGAGACUGAUCUGGAAGACCGUCUUGAUCCAACUGUCCGGGAUGACCCCAGUCCUGGAUAUGAUCCGCGUGCUGAUAUUGGUGUCUGCAGCAAACCGAUGUGGGAGCAGUAUGAGCAAUACAUGGACCUUGAUGAAUCAGAGGACGAGACAGAAAUCGGUGAGCCUGAUGAAGAGGGCUACCAGUCUGCAAUGAACGAUGAAGAAGAUGACAAUUGA